AUGAAAUCAUUAUAUAUUUUUCUCUUUAAUUUCAGUUUUGACCGAGACCAGCCUUUCACUUUCCAAUUGGGCUCUGGACAGGUUAUUAAAGGAUGGGAUCAAGGUUUAGUCAACAUGUGUGUUGGUGAACGCCGUAAGUUGGUCAUCCCUCCAAAUCUUGGUUAUGGAGAUAGAGGAGCUGGUAACGUAAUUCCAGGAGGAGCUACUCUUCAUUUCGAUGUUGAAUUGAUCAACAUUGGCGACUCACCACCAACUACAAAUGUCUUCAAAGAAAUUGACACUGAUAAAAACAACCAGUUGACAAGGGAAGAGGUCAGUGAAUAUUUGAAGAAACAAAUGGUAACAGCCGAAGGAGCAAGUUCUGAUGAAAUUGCCAAUAUGUUAAAGGAUCAUGACAAAUUGGUAGAAGAAAUUUUCCAACACGAAGACAAAGAUAAAAAUGGUGUGAUAUCCCAUGAAGAAUUCAGUGGUCCAAAGCACGAUGAGUUAUAAAGUUAAUUUAUAAGAUUAUUUUGUUCUAAUUAAAUUGUCUAUUUUAUUUGAGAAAGUAAUGGAGAUCGAACGUGAUAAUGA